UGACGAGUGGUACAGGUGAGCUCACGAAAUGUCAUCUAGACGAGAGACAGUUAGGUCUUGGUGAAGCAAUCAGAGAAAUCCCCAAAGAGAAACAUUGUGACUUUUGCCAUGGACAGUUCCCACGGUUCCAUGAUGACCAAGUCUUUGGGCCGCAACAAGAAAGUCAGCAUUAAGAAGAAGCACAUUCCUAUUCCACUGGGACCAUUGAAAGACAACCAAACUAUGGAUCCUAAGGAGCGGACGUUCCUGGAGGCAGCCGAGCGGGGCGACAAGCACACCAUUAUCCGGUGUCUUCAGCCACCUAAUCCUGUCAAUGUCAACUGUACUAAUAUUCUAGGUCGCAGCGCAAUUCAGAUCGCCGUGGACAAUGAAAAUGUUGAAAUAGUAGAGCUUCUUCUAAUGCAGGAUAUGGUAAAGAUUGGAGAUGCCUUGCUUCACGCCAUCCGCGAAGGUGUUUACAAGAUUGUGGAGAUGUUAAUCAAUCACCCCAGUAUUACAGCAGGCAUGUUGUCCAACGAUUGGGCUAAGAGUCGCCAGCAGGGCGAAGAGAGCUCGGACUACAGUCCUGAUAUCUCACCUGUUAUCCUUGCCGCCCACUGCAAUCAGUUUGAAAUAUUACAGCUCCUACUGUCCCGAGGAGCGAUGAUUGAGACACCUCAUUCUCUGUCGUGUUGUUGUCAGAAAUGUGAGGAGGGGAUACAUACGGACAGUUUACGUUACUCUCUGAGAAAGAUCCACACGUACCGAGCUUUGGCCAGUCCGGCCUGGAUCUCACUAACGAGCGACGAUCCCAUUCUCACCGCUUUCAAAGUAAUUUCAUUGUCUUAGAAACUUUUGGCUCUUGUAAACAAAGAAAUCUUCCUGUAGCAUUCUGAC